UAUCAAAUAGUACUAUAUUAGGAGUUCACAUUUUCAAAAAAGCAUUCCUUUAGUUGACCAAUCAGUUCACAUUUGAAAAAGUGUAGUAUGGUUAACAAUGAUUGUCUUUGUUAACUAUUAUUUUCCUUGAAACUUUUUAACUAUCAACAUAACUAAUCCAUCCGUUAAUAACAAUUUACAAUUCAAAGUGGUUACUGUCAAAACAUUGGUUUAUCAUGUUUUAUAGUUGAGAAGUUGGAUUCAGUUUAUUUGUUUUGUGAAUAAUUUGUUAUAGUAAAAUUCAAUAAUAAUAAUGAAAAAAGAAAUGAUGAGCAAAGAGCGAAGGUCGCUCCGGAAUUGAAGGGACAAAAGUGGGGGCAGAGUCAUUGUCUGAUAUACCAAACUCAACACUUAACUUUCUUCCUCUAAUCACUCCCUCUUCUCUUCGGGGUCGCUCCGCUUUCUCUCCUCUUUGGAUAAACACUUGUAAAAAUAAACACACAGGUCUUUUUCUCGGUUGGUCUUUAAAUCCCCAUUUUUGCAAUUAUACAUAUCCCGUCUGUGUUUUUUUUUCUUCUCUCUCUCUCUCUCUUAGCCUACAAAAGCGAGAGGCUUGCAGUGACAAAUCUCAGUGGAAGGGAGAAGGAGUUUUGAGACUCCAUUGUUAGUUAAACCUUUGAAUCAAGAUGAGUGCAGCGGCUACAAUGCACAUGCCCCGGGAAGGCUCAAACUACGAUGAAAUCUCUAUGCAACAGAGUUUGCUCUUCUCUGAUAGUCUCAAGGAUCUGAAGAAUCUGAGAACACAGCUGUAUUCAGCAGCUGAGUACUUCGAACUAUCCUACACAAACGAUGGAGACACACAAUCAGUCGUGGAGACACUGAAAGAUUAUGCAAUAAAGGCUCUGGUGAAUACAGUUGACCAUUUGGGCUCAGUUACAUAUAAAGUUAAUGACUUCGUCGAUGAAAAAGUUGAUCAAGUAACUGGAACCGAGCUACGAGUUGCUUGCAUCGAACAGAGGCUAAGGAUGUGCCAAGAGUAUAUGGACCAUGAAGGUCGUUCUCAGCAAUCGCUUGUCAUCAACACUCCAAAGUUCCACAAGCGAUACAUUUUGCCUUCAGCCGGUGAAAUCAAGAAAGGUGGUAACCUCGCAAAGCUCAAGAGCGUUGAAAGCAGUAUUGGUGAAGAAGCUGACUGGAACCAGUUCAGAAACGCUGUUCGUACUACAAUUCGGGAAACGCCACCACCACUACUUAGAAAACCGGUACUUCCGUCUCCUCCACCUCAACGUAGAACUCAACGUUCAGCAACCUUUUCGUUGUCCUCUAUCUCCAACACGGCACCAAAGAAAGAACAAGAUAAACGAGCAGUAUCGCCCCACCGGUUUCCGCUGCUAAGAUCUGGUUCUGUUGCUAUCAGACCGACAUCGGUUAGCAGGCCAACGACUCCUAGCAAGAGUAGGACAAUUACUCCUAAACGGUAUCCGUCAGAACCGAGAAGAUCAGCUUCGGUUCGGGCUGCGUUUGAGAAAGAAGCUCAGAAAGAACCAGAGCAGCAGCAACAACCGAGCAAGAGCAAACGGCUGCUUAAGGCGUUGCUUAGCCGACGCAAAACCAAGAAGGAUGAUACGCUUUAUACGUACUUGGACGAAUAUUGAAACAUAAGCUGGUUUUGUAUGCCUUUUGGUAAACCGGAAACUUGAUUCCAAUUUUUAAUUGCAUUUUCUGUUACAUAAUAUCAAAUAUAUAUGCUUUUGUGUGGUUUUUUGUGUGCCGCAUGAUUCUCAAAA